UGUCAGCUUCAACUGUCCUCGCCUUGAUGGUGUUCACAGUGACGAACCACCUCUAUUUCUGGGAUGUGUGGUAUAGCUACCACUACUGCGCUGCCAAGCUGAAGGGCUAUCGGCGUUUAUCUUUCCCAGAUGCUUGCUACGAUGCUUUUAUUGCCUACGACAAUGGAGACGCAGCUGUGAAUGAGUGGGUGCUGACAGAACUGGUUGAAAGGCUGGAGGAUCAAAAAGCCAGGCAGUACAAUUUAUGCCUGGAAGAGAGGGACUGGCUCCCAGGACAGCCGGUCUUUGACAACCUUUCCCAGAGCAUUCAGCUGAGCAAAAAGACCGUGUUUGUGCUGACCAACAGGUACAUCAAAAGCGGCAGCUUCAAGACAACGUUUUACAUGGCCCACCAGCGACUUCUAGAUGAAAAAGUGGAUGUCAUUAUCUUGAUAUUUCUUGAGAAGGUUUUGCAGAAGUCCAGGUACGUCCGGCUGAGGAAGAGGCUGUGCAGAAGUUCUGUUCUGGAAUGGCCAACUAACCCUCGAUCUCAGCCCUACUUCUGGCAGUGCCUGAAAAAUGCAAUAGCUACGAGCAAUACCCUGGCUUACAACAAGCUUCUCCAAGAAACUGUGUAGCUCUACCCUUCCCU